AUGUCUACUGUUCUGGACCCCAGCAACCCAAGUGUUAGCAAGCACGACAUGGCUCAGUGGCUUUACAAACAUGACAAGACAACUACCCUUCACUCCAAACUAAAUCGAGCACAGCUUGCCUCCAGAGUGCGGAAGGCGCAGCCGCAUUUCUUUCCAAACCCUGAUAGCGACGAUCCAGCCCUGGACUCCAAUGAUUUGCAGGGCCAACAACAGGAAUCAAGUGAUCAAUCAAAUGUGCUUGGGAGCAUGGAGGUUCAUAACUGUAUGCCUUCACCUUCCACGAGUGGUCGGAGUCCACAAGACUUGACAUCAAUCGCUACAAGUACUCCUCCUCCUCGUAAAGGAAAACAUGUUUCUUUCGAUCCGCCAUUCUCCACAUGUUACCUCGUACCUGAAGUCACAUCGAAUCCUGCGGAUACGGGGCCUGCUCGAAAAGCAAAGCGAGUGUCUUCUGAUGAUCACGGUGGGUCUACCAUGAUGACAAAAAAAAAGAAGAAGUCAAUCCAACAGCAAAUUCCAGACCGCCCGACCAGUACCAGUCUACCAAAGUCUACAGGUAGAGGCGUUUCAAAAUCAACUCCAGAAGUGGAAUCUACCUCUCUGCUAGAGAUAAAGGAUCGGCGCGAACAUAUCAAAGAGUUAAGUGCGCUUCAGGAGCCUCUGGUUCUUCCUGCUUUGAACACGUUAAGUAAUUGUGUAGAAGAUAAGACCAUGGAUUUGGCAGAACAAUUAAUUCCUCUUGGGUCAGAAGAGGGCAAACCAGCUACUCCAAGUACUCAUCACUAUGAAAUGGACUUGAUGGAAUUUCCCGAGUUAGAUAUAUUCGAAAGUGAAAAGCCCGUAUUGGGAAGGAACAUCGAUCCAAUUCCUUUCAAACCCUCAAUUAAGCCGACUUCAGAGCUACCAGUACUUUCGGGAACAGACUACUUUCAAAUCCAAAGAAGUAAAGAAGAACAAGUUGCUGCCCUUGAAGAGCGUGUGGCAUAUUUCGAAGACAUGAAACAAAUCAUGGUCACUACUCAGACACGUUUAGACUUUUUAGAGACGCACGUUGAAAGACUAGAGACCGAAUUGCAGUCAGCUCGUGAUGACAUCGAUGAGCACGGCAAAGUCAUUACUGGCCUGCUUUUGGUUGAAGAUGGGGAAGAUUCUGGCAGUUCUGUCUCAGAUUAG